CAUCAUAAUUGUUGUCGUUUAUUGUCGUUUGAUCAAACAGCCUUAUUUUGGAUGAUUUCGGUACUUUUGGAUUUUUGCCAGUCUUAAUACGCCCGUGUUAUAGACUGCCAAUUCUUCAUUCUUUCUAAUCCACUAAUUUUUCUGCCGGUGUUUGAUCCCCACUUGAUAAUGAGAUAAGAGCCCUCUGCAGCAUCAUCAACAGCAACAACAACAUCGUCAUCAACCAACAACAUGCGCUCAAACUACCCUCCCAAGCGGAGAGCUCUUCAUGAGCGAACGCCUUCUCAGACGAAUGAAACCUCGCCCACUCCAUCUUUGCGAAUGGUCAAGAGCUGGGACAGAGACCAGGAAGAGCAGGAUAUGUACUCGGCCACUCCCUAUCCGACAAAACCAGAGCAGAUUCUCUUGCCUCGACCGGGCAAAGGUCAAGAAUAUGCUUCCGAAUCUCACUCUGACUCUCACACCGAGGAAGGCCCGAGCCAGUCGACCGGCACACUGUUGACUGACUACAGCCAUCUUGCGGACAGCAGUCUGCUCGAGCAGUCGGUGGGCUGGGACUCUUCUACCGUCGAUGCUGGCAACACCCCGUCGCAGGUUUGGGAGGAGGAUCCCGCCUCGAGCAAGUCAUCGCUGCCAGAGCCUGUUCUUCCUGGCGAGAAGCCUGACAACCACCACUCCGAUGAGGCAUCGGAAGUCGCCUUUUCAGACGAUGAUAUGGAACUGCCCACCGCCGCCCCGACAAUCAAGACAGUCGUCUCCGAGCCUCCAUCCCGGCAUCCCUCUAAUGCGGGAACGUCUGCCCCGGCCACUGUCGUUUCCGCCAAUUCCAGUCCAAACGUGGUCCCUCUUGGUCCACCAUCCAGCCCCAAUUUCGUGGCUUAUGACAGUUCGAGCCUGAACUUUGUUCGCAUUGGUUCUUCCAACCCUGGUUCCGCCGAAACGCGGUCCAACUCGCUGUCCUCUAUGAACUCACUGGGAACCGUCGUGAGACAUGUCGGUGCCGCUCAGUGGACGCAUGGCUCGUCUUCUGAGCAAUCGAGUGGCGUUCAUUCUUUCCACUCCAGCCCCCCUUUCCAGUCCGUUGUUGGCUCAUUCCGAUCGGGUUCAACUCACCCUUCCCACCAACGGAGCCAGAAUGGCUCCGGCUCGUCGUCUUCUCGUAGCGCUCCCUCUUCUGCCGAUCCUCACGCCAAUGUUCACGGUGGUCUUUUCAUCCAAUACCCUAUCAUCCGUGAGCCAUCGUCUUCCAGUUCGUGGGUCGAUACGUCACGUUCAGUCUCGGAUCGUUUGCCAGAAGAACCCACGUUGGAGCCCGCCUCUUCGAGCCGCGUCCAUUCUCACCUUUCAACCGUUCCGUCCCAGUGGUCAGCAGAGUAUGAUAAUAGUUUCGCUGGUACGGCUGAUCAGCCUUCCGACAACAGCUUUGUUGAACCGCCUAGACCAACUGCAGCACUUGGAAACUACAGGACUGGCUCUUCGUCCAUGUGGUUGGUGACACAUUCCGAUAGUGACGAACACCUAGACAACAUCUCCAGCCUCCCAGUUCGUGGAACCCAUGCCAGAUAUCCCAGCAUGUCCUCAUCAUCCCGAAGAAGUAGCUUGCGGAGCAUCAAGCGACCAGGCACCGCGUCCAGUGUUCUCUUCAAUGCCCUCCCCACCUGGGUCCGGAUGUACUAUCAAGGCGAUGAGAAAACCGCCCCUUCUGCAUUGUCCCUCGUCGAUGGGAGCCGUCCUUCUUCGGCGCGUCCUGCCACGGCCAAUUCCAACAUACUGCAAAGAAUACCGACCGCUAUGACCAGACCCAAGACUCGACAUGGCGAGAUUACAGACGGUGUGACAUUCGAGACGGCUGCCGCUGACCCAAGGGAUCCUCGGGCUCACUGGGUCAAGGGCCCUGAGCCGGAGAGAGCCCAGACACCUCGUUAUCCAUUGCGCAACAGCUGGUCCCCCCACCUUUACCCCGAUCAACGCGUUGCUCGACAGAGGGGUAGUGCUUGGGGGGCUCCAUCUCUGGACUCAAGGACUGAGCCCUUGCUUGGACGGAGGAAUAUUCAAGUUUGGUCGUUUUGUUUCGGUUUCGUCUUCCCGCUGACUUGGUUUAUCGCCGCGUUCUUGCCCUUGCCUCCGAAACCUGAAACCAUCUCGCUUGAAGAUGGGCCGGAACUCGAAAUGGCCCUUCGUCUGCGACUUCUUGAUCUUGAGCGAAGACGCUACCAAAAUGCAAGAUGGUGGAGGAACCUCAAUCGCUGGAUGACUCCCUUGGGAUUGGUGAUUAUCACCAUUAUUAUUACACUGGCUGUUGUUGGCACCAAGCUGGGAUUUUAAGCGCGGCAAGCUCGCUAUUCGCCUGGAGUUGAUAUCUCCCUUGGCUGCAAUCUUCCCUUUGCCAACCUACCUUUCUUUUCGCACCAUGGUCUCAGGCUCCUUUUGCCGCCUCAAGCAGGUCGUGCUCGAUCUUUACUCCUCGAUUGGAUCGACCUUUUCUUUGGAGUUGACUCUCUUUCACCCCGGAGUUGAUUUUCUCCCGCCUAUCAUUUCUUCUUCGCCUGAGACCAUACUUCUUUCUUCU